UUAUAAAUUUCACGAACUUGCCUAGUAACCCCCCACAGCUUUUUUUUCACCAGAAAAGAACCCUUUCCAUUCAGUUUCUGCCUCACAGAUUAUCCUUAUUUCUUGAAGGUUCUUCUUCUCUUCUAAUCUAUCUAUUCACUCCUAACCAACAUAUAAAAAGGCUAGUUAUGGCUGGACAGCAUCCUGAAGAUGGUGAUUCGAUCGUUUUCCUAAGCACUACACCAGGGGCUUUCAAUACGGAAAAUGCUAAUCCCACAUCCCAAAGUGGAGGACUUGGACCAAAGAAAAAAUGGGAAACAAAACUUCUUUCAGCUUCACUGUGGAAUAAGAUAAUUGUAAUUUCAUGUGUUAUUGGAGUUUCCCUAGAUCCCUUGUUCUUUUACAUUCCAUUCAUCGAUAAGGAAAAGAAAUGUCUUGGAAUGGACAAAAAGUUGAGGAAUGUGGCUCUUAUUUUGCGAUUUCUCACAGACAUCACGUUCUUAGUGCAUAUUGGAUAUCAAACUUGGGAAGCUGGCAAUAAGGCCUAUAAGGGAGAAGAUUGGCAACAAACGUUGAAAUAUAAUGAGAUAAUUCCAUUUGCUAAGAGGUUUGCUGGGUAUUUGUCAUGGCUCUCUUUCUUAACUGACCUUCUCGCUGUUCUUCCCGUGCCACAAAUUUUAGUAGUAGUGCUUUUCUUCAAAAUUAAAGGGCCGGAAUAUUUGGGACACAGAAAGGUUUUGAACCUUUUUCUACUCAGUCAGUAUUUGCCGAGAAUUUUUCGAAUUAUCUUAUCGGCCAAGAAACUUACAAAGACUGGAAUAUGGGUCAAAGCCAUAUUCAAUUUUUUUCUGUACAUAAUUGCGAGCCAUGUACUUGGAGCCUUUUGGUAUUUCUUUUCCAUUCAACGAGAGACAUCAUGUUGGCACCGAGCUUGUACAAAUACUACAGAUUAUACAGGAUGCAUGAGUACCUUUUAUUGUGAUGAUCGCAGUACUACUUUAAGAAAUAUUACAUUUUUCAAUGAACAUUGUGGUGUAGAAUUUCCAGGGGACAAGCAGCCAUUUAAUUAUGGAAUAUUUCUUGAUUCCCUUAAGAAUGAUGGUAACACGGGGAAUAUAGAUUUUCCAACCAAGUUAUGCUUCUCUUUCUGGUGGGGCUUGAGAAAUCUAAGCAACUUUGGCACGAAUCUCACAACAAGUAAUUAUGUAUGGGAAAACUUCUUUGCAAUCCUUAUUUCUGUCACUGGUGUGCUACUGUUUGUAUAUCUCAUUGGAAAUGUGCAGACAUUCAUUCAGUUGACAACCACAAAAUCGGAGGAAAUAAGGCAAAAGAUUAAAAAAAGAGAGCAAGUGUGGGGAACAUGGAUGGAGGAAAAUCGUGUUCCUGAAGAUUUGAAGAAAGAAAUCAUGAAAAACAUACAUAAAAAAUUGGGAAAAGACAAAGAUGCCAAUCUGGAGAAUCUAUUCAAUGUUCUUCCCUGGAAUACGAAAAAAUUUCUGAAGCGUCGUCUUUUCUUCGAUAUUCUAUCAGAAGUAAAACUCCUUAAGGAUAUGGAUCACAAAGUGCUGAAUAUGAUUUGCGACCAUGCGACGCCAGUGACGUUCCCCGAAGAUAAAAUCAUAUUUCAAAGUGGGCACCCACUUGAUCGCAUGCUCUUCAUUCUAGAAGGCACCGCCUCCACAUCAAUUCCCACCAAGCAACUUGUGAGAGGGCAGACUUAUGGAGAAGAGCUUCUGAUGUGGGCAUCGCCCAACUACAAACCUAGGGUUAACAAGCUUCCUACCUCCACCGAAAUUGUGAAAUCUCGUACAAAACUAGAAGGCUUUGCUCUCUCAGCCACGGACUUGGUAAAAGUAGCCUCCAAAUACCGACGCUUGUGGAACUUAAACAAUGACCCUUGAUUGAUCUCGCACCUUCUACGCCCAACUCCACAAAAAAACAAUCAUCUGUUAAAUGCUACUUCUUGUACUUAUGCAUAAAGGUUGUAUCCUUCUUAUGUCUAAAAUUACCUCGUAAUGUUACUAUGAUGACCUAAAAAAUGAUUUAUUAUGCAUACAUGUAUGCUCAUACCUCUGAGACUAGUUCUCUCUUUUGCUCGACAAAUUCGA